AUGUUACUGCUCAAAGGGAAGACUCGCCAUGUUUUAAUAACCUUGUCCUCAAUUAUCUUCAUUGCCGUACUCGGCAAUUUCCACAACACGCUCCUCUCCAUUCCCGUCACACGCAUCAUCUCCAACUCCCAGCACAGCUUUCCACAGCCCUUCAACAUCGAUAGUCCGAUAAAUCUGGAUGGUACCAAGAAACACACGGUCCUGCGCUCAGUAUCGACUCCAGACGGGCGAUACUUCGACGUCAAGUUCGGCGACCACAACGGCUCCGCGAACGUCAACUUCGUGCCCCAUCCGCACUGGAAUGACACCUGGGUUAUCGUCGCCCAGAAGCCGAAAAGCAAGAUCCCCCAGACCGUGUGGUUUGCCGAGAUCGUCUGCAACGCGCAGUUCACCGCCGCCCGCGUGCUCUCCUGCAUCGAGCCCCCCGGCAUCCUGCCCGUCACCGCCACCGCCGGCGACAAGUGCAGAGGCACCAAGCUCGACUAUCUGGAGAAUUCCAUCGGCCCGCGCGACGCGCGCAUCUUCUACGGGCCCAAGAGCCCCUACGUGAUCUUUGGCUCCAACGGCGUCGAGACGGCCUGCAUGGGCAUGUGGAUCGAGGACUUCCGCGUGCUGGUCGACUGGGGCCUGGAGAGCUACGACGACACCAAGUACCGCCACGCGACGAAGUUGCGCCGCCCCGGCACUUACACGGGCAUGGAGAAGAACUGGUUCGUGUUCUGGGACUUCCAGGGGAACUACUACGCGCACUACCACGUCUCGCCGAGGCGCGCCUUCGCGCAGCUCAACAACGAUGGCUCCGUGGGCGAGGACCUCGCAUCAAGGGCUACGACAGACGAGCAGUGCCUAGAAGCGAGGAUGCCCGCUGCUACGCGCGACCACGAGGAGAUCCACCAGGCGACCAACUCGCUGGCCGUCACCAUGUGCAAGCGUGCGGACCCGGCGUGCCAGGCGACGGCGCAGAACACGUUCAUCUUCACCCUGUUCCACUACAAGAGCUACUACCAGUAUCACGGGGAGUACGAGCCGUACGUGAUGAUGUUCCGGCAGUCCGCCCCGUUCGAUCUGCAUUCGAUCUCGGAGAAACCGCUGUGGAUUCACGGCCGGGGUGGCGAGGGGACGGGCAAGAAGCAUGCGAAUUGGAAAGAGGGGCUUGGUAAGUGGACGCAGACCGAGAUGGUCUACGUGACGAGCAUCGCCUGGAAGCAGAAGGGACUGAAAUACCACGGCUAUCUCGACGAUGUGCUGCUUAUUGGAUUCGGCGUCGAGGACGAGCAUGCCGGUGGUAUUGACGUAGUGGUUGGAGAUCUGUUUGAGAAUUUGGCACCGUGUUAUGGACUCUAA